AUGUCGGCCUCCCCACCCAAGGAACCCGAUGUCGAACAAAACGCACAAUCUGGUGAAGAGCAGGAGCAUAUGGACCGCGAUCAAGAAGGAACACAAGGCACUGGCUUGGACUUUGAGGUCAAGGAGCAGGACCGAUGGCUCCCCAUAGCAAAUGUGGCCCGGAUCAUGAAGACUGCCCUGCCCGACAACGCCAAAAUCGCCAAAGAGGCCAAGGAGUGUAUGCAGGAAUGCGUGAGCGAGUUCAUCAGCUUCAUUACCAGCGAAGCAUCCGAGAAAUGUCAACAGGAGAAGCGCAAGACGGUAAACGGGGAGGAUAUUCUCUUCGCCAUGACGUCGCUUGGUUUCGAGAACUAUGCGGAAGCCCUGAAAAUAUACCUGUCCAAGUAUCGCGAAACCCAAUCCACAAGGGGCGAGAACCAGAACAGACCUACCAGCAGCGGCGGUUAUGCCGGCGGCGGGAAUGCCCAGGGCAAUACCGCGGCCGGCGGCGGGUACCCAGGCGGCCAACCCGACAAUGCCACCGAACUACUGAGCCAGGGCCAUGGGCUGAAUGCGAACGACCACGACGCGACCGGCUCCUACGGCUAUCCCAGCGCCGUGCCCACCGGCCACAACGGCAUCACUGGCGACAACUUCUAA